GCCAUUUCAGUCCUCGGGUGUGUUUGUUACAAGUAAAGAUCGAAAAAAUGAAUAUGUAGGACGCUGUGGAGUGGAAGAAACUGACAGAUACAGGGAUUUCUCUGCAAGCCUCAACAAAAUGAUAUGACUGUCGGUGGGACACUCUUCUAUUCAUGAAAGGCAACCUCCUGCCGUUCUAUACAAUGAAGAGGAAGAUGCUGAUGGGUCUGACUCUGCUGCUCACGACGAUGUCGCUCUUAGCUUCAAGCUUGCAAGAUCAAAGUCUGACGUGCUACACUGACAGCAUAGACAUCAUCACGUGCGAAUGGAACAGUUCGGAAUUCAGACCGCAUACAAAACCAGAGACCAAAUGCCUCCUUCAUGGUGUCUGUAACAACUAUAUGUACGACGUGCUUAGCAAAAGCGACCUGCUGCCCAUUGAAAGCUCACAGCCCGAACUGCUUAAAGCAACCCUGAAGUUUGAAGAUGAGUGUUUGAAAUGGAAUCGUAGACUAAUCCCCGUGGAUGUGCGGUGUGGAGGUGUCAAAAACGCAGGGAUGAAUUUUAAUCUAAGGAUGAACGUUAAGCUGCAUCCUCCUGAGAAGCUACAGGUUGAUCAUGCAAAUGUGACCUGGAAGCUGGGCUCUCCUCAUCCACAAUUCGUCACUGCGCAGAGGUUUGAAAUACAGUACAAAGAGCUGAAGCAGAGCUGGAAGGAGGUGAAGCCUUUAGGAGUACAUGGUAUAAGUUGUAUGUUGCCAGAAGAUCAGCUCAUUUUAGGCAGACAGUAUGAGGUCAGAGUGAGGUCGAAACCCGAAAUGAUAUCGGAGUUCUGGAGUGACUGGAGUCCAUCCACUCAGUGGACUUCCAAAGUGGGCAAACCUCCUCCUGAUCACAGUGAUAUGAUGCCAUGGUGGUUCCCCAGUCUAACUGGCACUGCUGUUGUAAUUACAGUCGCACUCAUCUUACUGCUUUUCUUCCGCUUCCAUCCGUCUCUGAAGUCUUCAGGCAUACAUAAUCCUUUUGAACCACUCUAUCUCACUCAUGGGGGAAAUUUUAAGUCGUGGCUUGGUACUACUGUGACCCCUGAGUCAUUUUUCAAAGCUGAACCUGAGUGCAUCUCUCCUAUGGUGAUCUGCAAGAUCCCGGACGUUAGCAUCCCUUGUAAGAAGGAGGAGGACAAGAGAAAGAGCUUCACCAACUCCACUUACUUCCUGUCGCAAAGCUCCAAAUGCAAUGUGAUGGACCCUCUGGAGCCUUGUUCGGAACAGUGCCCCUAUGGACCUGCAGGAGGUGGCAGUGUGGAAGAAAAAGCAACGACGGCCACUGAGGAGAGCCAUAAUAGCGACACUGAGAAUGAGGGCAGCAUAAGUGACCAGCUGAGCAGCAUGAGUGAGCAGCUGGAGACAUCCUCCUCAUAUAAGCACCUGCAGAAGCUGCGACUGGACGUCCAAAGCCCAGACUCUGGCUUCGCUGCUGGGAGUGACCAGGACAGCCAGGAGGAGUCUGGGAGCGAGGGUCUGCCCAGCCCACCAGUGGUGGACAUUCCGUCCCUUAUAGGUGUCCUGCCCUGCCCGAUUCCACAGGCUUCCCAUGUGGCUGGCUUCCCUCACCUGAUGUUUCUACCCUCAACUGGGCUUGGGUGGAGCCCUCAGAACACCAAUCUCUUUAAAAAACCGCCAUCUGUCAUCUCCACGAACACACUGAUGUGUAAUGUAGACAUCAUGGACUGCUCUGGAAUGCUAGAGCCUGCUGAUGCGGACUAUAUGCCUGUGAAGAAGGUCCAAGAAUAAUCAUUUUGUAUGAGUUUUCAGGCAGAAAACGGGACAAACAGUGACAUGGUGAGAGUACACAACCUCCAGCUAAUCACAUAUUGCAAUGAAGAAUGCUAGCUGGACGAUGAAAGGAUGACGAGCAUGAAGCUCCCUUCUAAUCCACGACUAACCAUUGGAUGUCCUACUGAAACUUAGCUUUGCAAAUUCUGCUGUCGACAUAAUAGACCAUAUUUGUUAUUUGCAAGACACAACCUUAUUUAUAGAGGAUAUAUACACAUUAGCAUGACUGUCUGUAGAAUGCUAGCACAACUAGUAUGAAUGCACCAUCAUUGUGACUGAAACACGGCAUAUGUUAGCAUUGGUAGCAUCAUGGGAAGACCAAACCAGCAGCUGGAAUUGCACAUGGCUAAAUUGAGGAGACAUUUGGGGAAAAAUCUAGAAAAUGCUCUGCCCUAGAGUUGGGUGAUAUUCAAAAAAAAAAUACUUAAAAAAGGUGAUAGUAUUUCAAAAUUAUGACAUGUUAAAGUUCUGGUCCACGUCUGACCAGCCAAAUAAACACAUUUUAAUUAAGAGGGAUCACUGAAUGGUGGUGUGAGAGUUCAGCUUUCACUCGAACACCAGUCAUUUGACUUUGUGCUCUCAGAAGUACUCUAAAUGGGGAUCCUCUAAAUACCACUCAAUCCUAUGAUGCUUGAUAGUAUGAAUUGUUCAUUGGACAAAUAAGAGGAAGCUAUGUUCUCAGUAUACACAUAGCUUUAUGUAGAAAUACAUGGCUUUAAAUAUGAAUGAGACUAGGCUUUGUUUCUUGUAGUAAACUGUGAUAUAUUAAUGCACUAUAGGAGUAUUUGCAACAGUAUUUUAUUGUUUUUGUUUUGUUUUGUUUUCUUUCACUUUAAUGUGAUUUCCGUUUGAGGCCUUAAGCUUACAUUUGUGGGAAAACGUAAUACACCGACAGCCUUAAUGUUAGAUGGAGAGUCUGUAGCACUUUCCAUCACUCAACUUGCAAAAUGUUAAUGGUCAUUUUUUGUAGACUGCUUGUUUUGAACACACAGUGUGUGACGUACAGAUUUGUGUUGUGGUAUAUGAGCGUGUGUAUGUGUGUAUAAAUGUAGAUAGUUACAAAUAAGCAAUAUAAAAAUACUAGUGACAACACAGUGACUGUGCCUGAGUGACUGUAUUUCAUUGCUCAUGAGGAUAAAGACAAUACUGAAGGCGGUAGAUCUUCUCCUUUAGAAUGAUUCUUGAGGACAGAGAGAAGUGAUGAUAAUAAAAUGAUACAAGAGAAUAC